UGAAAGGGAUGAACAGCAAAGGAGCUGCAGAAAAUGAAAAUGACGAAGAGCUACAAGCGGAUCAUGAGCUGCAGCUCGCAGGUCAUCCUGGUAUGGGAGGGAAGAAAGGAUCACUCUACGGCGGACCACCAGGAACAUCUUCCAAGGGCAAAGGCAAACAUCAGAACAACUUCCGGACAACACCAUCACAGCAGCAGCCACAAAUGAACAAGCCUGCGGUCGUAUCAUUUGUAAAAACGUCCCCACCCCAGAGUUGUAAUGUUAAAAAUGUUUCUCAUGCGGAGACCCAUGAGAAGCAGUUUCUUUUGGUGCUUUGCAAUUUGUGAUGCUCAAAUACCCGUGGUAUGCUAGCUCUGUGAUGCUGCUGCAGUAGCUAAAGAUGACUACAUUGCGAGCCCAAAUUUGUCAUGCGCAACAGCCAAAGCCUGGUGAUUUGUCUAGCAGAAUUCCCAUCUUGGCUCUGGGGUGGGGACGUUUUUGCUCACCAUAGGUCGCUCUCGCAGCCGCUGCAGUAGAUCCUGGCGAGUUUGGGGAGGAUCAACUCGCGAAAGUGUAUGAAGGUGUUGCGGGGGAAGCAGUGGACGAAAAUGAUUUUUUACCGGAAAGUAGAACUACAUCAAGAAGUAGGCCGACGACGAAUGGCGCUGGAACAUAUGGUGCCUCUUCUACGUCCGCUUUGAACUACGGUCACUUCGACUUGCCCGAUGUGGAAGAUUUUUACCACGGGAUGUUGAACAGCGAAGAUGAAGAUCACUGCGACGAUGAUCAAGAUUUUUCCGACUCAGAUGCCGGCUCCACCUACUCCUUUCUCACCUCCACCUCCAACAACAGCUCGGACACGUCCGAUUUCUCCCUGAUAGGCAGCGAUGAGGACGGGCAGGUCGUGCGCGACGUGGAUAAUCUAUGAAAUACAAAUUUCCCGUACAUGCACAAAAUGCACGACAAAUUUCGCUAACUACAGUGUCAAACUUGUCAUGCUGAGUGAGGUUGAAGGCCAGUUUUGUCUUCAUGCAGAGACAGCAUUUGUACAUCGUGUACGGGAAAUUUACUGUGGAUAUAAUCCAAAUUUUGACGUGUCAAAAGUACCGGACACCUUACCCGCGUUGCUCCCGGAAAGGAAUCUUGGGAUCAAGAAGAGUUAUGCACAGAAAAAAGCAGAGUUGCGGUUGAAGUAUGAAAAGUCUUUGUCAACAUCAACGAAUUUCGUUGAAAAUAUUAAAUGCAGCGACCACGACAAACAACAAGUUACUUCCUGGUCCGACAAGCUCACGCAUUGGAGCCGCGUGACCCUCGAGCGCAAGAAUGCGAAGACGCAGCGGCAGCUCGCCCGCAAGUUGAAGCGGGAGCGGCGAAUCCGCGAAGCAAAGCAACUAUCCUGUGCAAAAGUAAUAUCCUGCUCGUAGUAAUCGCAAUUUAAUUAUGCAUGACAAAUCUCUUCCUCAAGGUAAAUCAGCAUGAGAACAAAUUCCUUUUGUCAUGCUUAGCAAAUUUGUAAUGCGGUUACUACUGCUAGUGCGAUGCUUUUGCAUUUCAUAGCAGCGGGCGAAAAACCCGAUGUGCUACGACUUGCGCACGUUUGGGGACUACAUGCGGAUGUAUGGAUGUGUCAGGAUUGAAAUCGACAAAGUUGAAAUUACUAUCUAUUAUAUUCAUGCGAAAGUAGAGGUCUACAGAGGAUAAAAGAGAGGUGGCCGAGAGGUCAAAAAGAGGCCGACAGAGGUAAAAAAGAGGUCGACAGAGGUGAAGAGGUGGCGCGGGAGGUCUUUCGAGAGGGAGACCGAGAGGUGGCGCGAGUAUAGCCCGCCGAAGGGUCCACCCUUUAGCGCCGCUGAAGCGCCUCGGAGGGUGCAGAGAGGUGGAAAGGAGGGCAAGCGAGAGGUGGGCAGAGGUGCCGAGAGGUUGCGCGAAUAAGGCGGGACCUCUUGCGCACCCUCUCGGCGACCUCCCGGCCACCUCUGUAGCCCUCUGCCCGCGAGUAUAGCCCGACUAUUAGCGGGGACCCCCGAGAGAGGUCAAAAAGAGGGGCCGCGAGAGGGUUCAAAAAACCCGAAUCCGCCCGGCGCGCGGCCGAUUUUUCUGGGGCUUUUUCAUCGCGCAGGCCCACACCCUCUCGCGCUACCACCUCGCGCGCCCUCUCGCGCAGCCUCCCGCGUCACCCUCUCGCGCGUGAUCAAAAAGGGACAGCGCGGCCCCCGUUCUAUUUCAGUAGGCACCUACGCCGAGGCGGUUUCGCUUCGCCCCCAAGCUUCGUUGCGGCUGCUCCCUGCGCAUAGCGCCGGAAGGCGCGGGAAGCGCGCAGGAAGCGCAGCGGGCUGAGAUGACGCAAACCGCGCCGGUAUUUCCCUCGAACUAUCACGUCGCGCGCAAAGCCAUGGUGUUGUUGCCCUGUCCGCAAAUAGUCCUGCCCCGCCACAACAGCCGCUCGCCCCGGCGUCAGCCGGGGCAUGGCUGGUAAUUUGUAAUGCAUAAAAUGCAUGAGCCGAGGUACGUGUGUUGCAGAGCAGGCAAGUGAGGCCGAUUGUGACCCUGUUUGGGGUUACAGCUCGAGCUGCUAAAGUAGCAUGAGAAAAUCGCUCUUCUUUGCCCAAACAGCAUGACAAACUGGAUUUAGGGACCACCGAAAUUUGUCAUGCGCCAUUUGGCAACUGGGUUCCAAUUGGCAUCCAUUUUAUGCAUUGCAAAUUAUUUCAACGCUGACGAUUUCAAAUCGGACGCUUCCAUACGAUGUGCAAAGAGAUUAUUGGUGAGGAAAAGAAGGAACUGAAGCGGAAGAAGUGGUACAAGCUGUGUCGAAAGGUGGUCCUGACCCGGGUUUUCAAACUCUGGAAAGGGGUGCAAUUUCUGAUCAGCACCGGAAAAAUCCCGUCCCUCACCGACGACGAGAGAGAGGAGAAAAAGCGCGAGAUGAAAAAGGAAAAGGGGAUACAAGAGCUGGAGAACGACGAUGGUGCCGCUGGUUCGACAAGAACCACGAUAGGUCUCUCACCAGCAAGCGGCAAGAGCGUUGCAAGUAGAGGACUACAACGUGGUCGGAAAAAAACCGAGAAGACGACUCCGAGAAGUACUUCUAGCGGGAAAAAGAGAAAGGUAAGGUUUGAAGAUGAGGACGGAGAUGAGAAGACCUCCAGCUCUCCUGGAGCUGUAGUAUCCUCCGACGACGACUUACCGUCCGCGGCUUCAGAGAGGAGCAGCAGCAAAAAUAGCAGCGAUGAAUCAAGCUCCACCAGUGACGAAGAAUCUACAUCGUCUGAUGUUGACAGCUCAACGGGAGAUUCGAAAAAGAAGAGGAAGAGCAAAGGAAAGAUAACAAACGCAGACGGAACAUCAACAUCGACAGAUUCUCAGCUGAUGGGCCACGACCCUUCGCAAGGGAUGAGCAAUCGCGAUGAAGAUGAGAAACUGAAGGCGAGCGAAAGUACGGAUCACCGAGACGCCGGGGGCUCUCUCGGCGGCACUGGGAAUUACAUGCACAUGAUUGGUUUGGACAACGUCUGCCGGUUUCGGCAAGCCCUGCAGCGAGUGAUGAACAAAUGCUCGCUGGCUACCGGGAACUACGUAUCGGCGUACGUGAAAAAACUGGAAGAGAAAUUCGCGAAAGGGGAAAUCGCAGCGGCGGGCGAUGUAUGCAAUGCAAAAGCAUCGCACCAGAGUAUAGACUGCAUUACAAAUUGGCCCAGCAUGAUUGCAAAUUGAAUUUGUAACGCUGCUUCACCUUGAAAAAGCAAUUUGUAAUGCAUAAAUGCAAUAGUAGUAGUACUACGAGUGCGAUACUUUUGCGCAGGAUACGAUGAGGAUCUCGAGGAGAUCGUGGCCGGCGGUGGUGGAGAAGAUUCACCAGCUCUUUUAGGAACGAGGAGGAAUCCAAGCGACAAGAACGACACACGACUUCUUACUCCAGAGGAGCUGAAAAGACUCGAGUCCGUAUCCACUGUAAAUUUUAUCCUGUACAUGUACAAGAAAUGCUGUCUCUGCACGACAAAACUUGCCUUGAAUCGUAGUCAGCAUGACAAGUUUGACACUCAAAGUUCGCGAAGUUUGUGAUGCAUUUUGUACAUGUACGGGAGGGGAAAUUUGUAUUGCAUAGUCCGCAAUUGCGUACGAGAAAUUAAAGGGCACGAUUCCCUGGCAGAUGCGCACGAAGGCGACGCGGAUGGACUUCGACGGCGAGAGCACGUUCGAGGAACUAGAGAUAUCAAAUGCAAAUAUGUCUGGGUCAGGAAGAAUGGAAGUUUGUCAUGCUUGUCUGACAUGACUCUCAAGUCUGUCAUGCACGUUACCCAAAAGCCCCACUUUUCUGUCAUGCAGAAGCUCCCUUUGUCAUGCAGAAAAGCCAAGACUGUAGCACCUCCAAAACUUCUCAUGCUUGCCAGUCAAUUGAGGCGUCCUGGUCUUUCUCAACCAGCAUCACAAGUUUCCAGACCCAGACAUUUUUGCAGUUCAUAAGAGAGCCAGGGUUACCAAGUGUGCGAGGGUACGCUUUUUGGGACGAACGACGGGCUGUUUUCGAUUACGGACAACGAAAGGAUUCCGCGACUACCGUUGUCCAUGACGUUUGAGGAUCUGGCAAGGUUUCACAUUCCCGCCUGGCUGGAGCUCUUCAAAAUCAAACAGCAAUUUGGAAGCUGGUACGAAUCCAUGCGAGAAUCCAACCAGUUUUCCCCCUUCGAACUCUCCCAGUACUGGAAACUGCACUGGCAAAAGUGCGUCAACCGACUGAACCAGCACUUCUGGAUGUACGGGCUCAGCAAGGAGUGGUGGGAAUUCUGCCUGUGUCAAGCGAUCGAGCAUUUGAAAGAACGGAAGCUGAUCCAUGCACACACGCGGGGACACGCCUACACCAAGCGGAUUGCACUCUACUAUCGCAAGCAGCACGCGGAAAAGAAAAUCGACUGGACUUUGUGCGAUCCGAGAUCCUUCUAUGCAAGACAAGGUCAUUUUGAUUUUCCCUGUACACGUACAAAAUCAAAAUGCAUCUUCACAAAUUGCAACCCAAGAUCAAGAUGAACCACGUGGAGCAUGCUGCUACCUGUCACGCUGAGCAGAAUUCCUCGAAUUGAAAGAAAAAUUUGUCAUGCAGAGAUCGCAUUUGCAGCUUUUGCACGUCGUGUACAGGAAGUUCAUUAUGUGGAUACCAUCCCCGAGCACCGGCUUUUACUUGUGAAGGAAGCCGUGCAGUUUGAGCAGAAAUGGCAGUUGCACGUGAGGGAGGCAGAGCGAAGAGAGAUCAGGCGCGAAAGCGGCUACAACGAGGGGGGAAAAUUACCGGAGUUUGAAUUCAGUUAUGACCCGGAGUGGACGCCAGCUCCUCGUUCGACGAUCCUCCGGGGCCGCCGGUCCUCGGGAAGUUUGAGUACAACGCAAGAGCAGCGACGCGAGAGUAGAUUUCUGUUGCAUGAAGAUGAAGAAAGAAACGCAGCCUCGACAGCACACGAAGAUGUGGGUCAUCGUCGUGGCACUGAAAUAAACAACUCCUCGGUAGCUCCUUACUCGCAAGAGCCACCAGAAGAAGUAGAGGAUCAACGAGAACGAAGCGCCAGUACAAGUUCCACCGGAGCAGCAGCUGCAUGUACUUCCUCAACAUUUGGCCCACCGUCUCAGCGCAGCAGCUCCACUCCGACGACCCCUCUGCUCGAAAAGUUUGUUUCAAAGUUGGAAGAGAAGAAAGACGCAAAAGACAAAGUAGAAGCCGCGCUGGCGAAAGAAAAGGAAAUAAAUCAAGUUCGAAAGGAAGAAGAUGGGCGGGCGAAGACGAAUUAUCCGAGGAAAACGACGACUACAACAGUGGAACACCACGACAAGGAUGAAAAUUCUGCAACUAAUAUUCCCUCUGCCCAGGAAAUGUGGUACCAAGCUUUGCACCGGCGACCAGAGAAAGAACAGGAGAAGCCUUUGCACCUGUAUCCAGGGAAAAACAACCAUUCCCAUCCGUUUUAUGCAUGACAGACACUGGAUUUUAUGCCUUGUUUUGCAUGACAAACUGAAUGGGGAUGGUUUUUUUGUGGAUAACCCGCGGUCGCUGCUGGAUAUCAAUUUCCCGCUGACGGCGAAUGAAUAUGGGAGUGCACAACUCCCCCUGGUUCGCCUUAUUUGUAAUGCGAAAGACCCAAUCCACCUCUUGCUUUCAGGCACUGUUUGCAUGACAAAUUUUGGAACAACCUAAAACGGUGCUACAAUUAUCCGUGUGCUGCAGAUUUGUCAUGCGAAAGGCCCAUCUCUCCCGUUGCUUGUGUUGCUGCUCAUGCACCUCAAAUGAGGGGGAGGGGGAGUUGUGCACUUUCAUAAUGAAUUCCACAGCAUGGUACGGCGCGCGGUGCACAUCCAGAACCCCGACACGGACAACUUUCCUCUCAAUUUCACGAACUACACGACCUAUGAGCUGCAAAAGCCUCGUACUAGGAUAAAGUGCAAUACAAAUUACAUCAGCAUUACAAAUUAAAUUUGUAAUGCGGUUUUGCCUCAAGAAAAAGAUUUGUAAUGCAUAAAAGCAAUUAGUACGAGUACGAUACUUUUGCACAGGAUACGACCUGCGAGAAGGUGAAAUGGCGAUCUGUGCCGGAAGACAUCCGGAAAAUUAUCAAGGAGAAAAAUCCCCCCUUCCCAUAAUAUCAAAGCGGAAAUCUGUGAUGCAGAUUUGUGGUCACAAAGCAGCUUUCUCAUGCUAGGAGGGACGAGAUGCGGACUGUAGUUCUGGGUGGCCUGGGAAGGCCUUGCAUCUUCAGCAUGACAGGAGGCAGCUGGAAGUGGGAAACAGCAUGACAAAUUGCCUGCAAGCGAGACCACAGCUGCGGCUCGUGUUCUUGGCCUUCUGGCAAAACAAGUCGAUUUGUGUACUCGUCAAAUACAGCAUCACAGAUUUUGUUUCCGAUACAGGGAGGAGGAGUUUUUCCUUUUGAUAAAAAUCAUUCUGGAAUGGGUGAAGCUCCAAGCGCCCAUGUUUGUUUCCCACCGGGAAUUAUCAAAUGAAAAUAUGUCUGGGUCUGGAAGAGUGAAACUUGUGAUGCGCCUUUCAAAACACAGAAAAAUCUCUCAUGCAUAGGUACUAGCAAAAGCUGCCCACUUUCUGUCGCCAAAAUGGGGAAUUCGUCAUGCGGAUUCGGCAUUGCGGAAGCUUCUCGAAACCUGUGAUGUUAUUGCUUUCAUGCCAGACCUUCUGUGUCAUGCAAAAACAGCAUGUUGACUCUUCCAGAGGAUCCAGACAUUUUUAGAUUUGAUAGGAAUUCUUUUUUCAGAAUGACGCGAACAUGUUGACGGACAGAGCCUUGCACGAUUUGAGGGAAGGCAAGUGUUUCUUUUCCGAAGCACAGCAGGAAAACCUGCUGCAGGAGAAGCGGAAGAAGCAUGAUGAUUUUAGUACGCAUUCAACUACAUUAUCAGACCCAGACAGCGCAAGGAACACUGAAGAUGCAAGAAACGCUCGGGAUGACCGAGAAAACAGCACUCCUAGCUCUACUACUGUCCAGGAAGCUUUGGACAGCCCCUUCCUCCUGAAAGCCAUGAAUUGCAAAAGUAUCGUACUCGUCUAAAUGCAUUGCAAAUUUUCUCAGCAUGAGAAGUGAAAUUUGUAAAUGCGGAUUUAUCUUAAGAAAAAGAUUUGUAAUGCAAGACCUGCAUUUAUACAAGUGCGAUACUUUUGCACAGGAUAAAAGCCCUGGCCCAACAGUACUACGCGUACCUGCGGGGAUAUCCAAGGAAAAAAGUGUUACAAUUACGCAUUUGUAGUAAAUUCAGCAUCACAAAUUUGCCUCGCAUGAUUGACGGAGGAAAUUUGUAAUGCAGAGAUCAUAGGGCAAAUCAAAACACACACGAAACGCGACUCGCAAGCAUUUUUAGCAUGAUAGAGGUCGUCUGUCUUGCAUGUUUUGCAACACAAUGUGUGAAUGUAACACUUUUUUCUGUCCAUAGGGGAAAAUUCGAAAAGCUCAGUAGCGACCCGGUUACCAGGCUAUCCCACGAAAAAACUGUUUCACUGUAACGAUUUUGCAAGUUUUGCAUCACAAGUUUGUAGUUCUACACGACAGAGAUGAAAAUUUGCCAUGCAAGAUUCCUAAGGAAAAACACAGCUAAAAAUCCACUGUCUUGCAUGUGUAGCAAGACAAACACUAUGCGAAAUGCAUUUUCCGCAUGACAAGUUUACAGUGAAAUAUUUUUUGCUUGCGAUACAGGCCCAAAGCCGCCGCGUAUCGGAUUCGAGCUGAUUUAGUGGACCACCAGUUGCUGAGCUGUUGCGAAGAUCAUCAUGUUGGACGAGUCGUGGAUAGGAGUAGGACUACGACGGAGGAACAUCAAAGCAAGGAACAACAGCUCGCCCUUGCCGCUGCAACCUCCUCUUCCUCGUGUGAAAAUGGCAUGACAAGUAACGAUACUAAUCCUAGUGCAGCUAAUCGCACAACUAAUUCUUCCUCUACUACCUUCCAUCUCCUCGACCGUCACCCAAACAACUUCUUAACGCAAAUGCGUUUCCCGAACGGGGACGAAAAUUUCGUAAAUCCCAAGUUCGAGUUAUCGAAAAGAAAAUUUCCCCCUCCCCAUAUCACAACGAAAUAUCUGAUGCUGGAUUUGUGUACACAAGUUGCUGGAGAGCACUGUGGGCGCAUAUCAAGUGCGAGUAGCAGGGUUUUGGCUUUAUACAUAGGCACUUCUUAGCAUGAAAAACGUCAGCAUGACAAAUAACCGCCUGCACAAUGCGGCGGCUGUCUGCGGAGUUGCCUUCUUGCAAGACAGACACGAUUUGCGACCACAAAUCAGCAUAACAAAUUUCCAAAAGUAUACCUUUUGUUCAGUAUGGGGAGGGGGGAUUUUUCCUUUGAAUGCGAGUAUUUUACCAAAGAGCUCCACGAGGAGGACAAGGCGCACCUGGUCAUGCACAAAAUAUGGAUUGUAAAGAUGUCUGGGUCUGGAAGAUUGCAACUUGUCAUGCUAAAACUGAAUCAUGCAGAAAUCUGUGUUGCAUGAGUGCCAAAAGGUGUCCACUUUCGACCAGGUUUGGAGGGAGUUUCUCAUGCAGAAUAGGCAUGGCAGGGACCUCACAGACUCUGUCAUGCUAGGUCCCGCAUUCCAGACCUCACAAGUCAUGGAAAACCUGCAUGACAAGUUUAGACUCUUCCAGACCCAGACAUUUUUGCAUUUGAUACAAAAUGGACAACCGCGAUUGGCACGGGAUUAAGUCACCGCGUUGGCAAACGAUUGCUAUAUGGAAUUCGCUGUGGACGCUGGCGUUCCGGGAGGCGCAGUGCUUAUGCAUCGCAAAAUGUGCGUAAGUACUCGUACAUUCUAAUUGCAAUCGAGCAUGACAAACCUGAUUUCCUAUGUAACUCACCAUGACUACAAAUUUAAACUGUCAUGCUGACGAAAUCGAAAUUUGUCAUGCGGUCACUUCUACAGCCAGUACACGAUGCUACUUUUGCAAAAAUGCAUACUGCUUCGCAAGCUGCGACAACUUUAUGGGGAAAAAUGUUUUCUCGCCCGCGGAAGGUGGAGGCGCGGAGGAGGGUGACCAGGACGAACUUUUUUCUCCGGUGCCAGUACGCAUUGCAAAUAUGUCCGGGUCUAGAAGGAUGCAACGUGUCUUGCUGUUGCUGGAUUUGGAUUCUACAAAAAUCUGUAUUGCAUGAACAGCAACAGUAACAGAGGUGGUCCAGUUUUUGCCACGGCGAGAGGGAAUUUCUCGUGCGGUAUAGGCAUCAGGAGGCCCUCACAAAAUCUGUGAUGCUAGGGCAUGCAUCACAAACAUCAGGAGUCUAGUCAUGCAAAAUGUGGUGCAUGACAAUCCUUCCAGACCCGGACAUAUUUGCACUUGAUAGCCAGUUUCGGAAAACGACGAGGAACAACCUAGCAGUGGACCUAGUACGUCAACCCGUCCGCUGGAUGAAUUUGGCCCGGUUCUUGAGCAACAAUUGCAGAGCAGCAACUGCAAUAGCAAUACCUCGUCGCAACAAGUCCAAGAAUCUGCUGCUGGCAGUCGUUCUUCAUCAUCCUCACAUUUGUACGAUUACGCAAAAAGCAGAACGACCAGGGACAGUGUCGUUGUCUAUGACAGUGCACAACUCCCCCUCCCCCUCAUUUGUAUAGCAUGAACGGCAACACAAGCAUCAGCAAGAGUGCCUGUUUUGCAUGACAAAUUUACGCUGGAGUGUAGUGCUAUCUGGGCUACCAGAAAUUGCCAUGCAAGCAGUGCCAUAAGGCAGCGACGGGAUUGUUCGGGAUUUUGCAUGACAAAACAAAGGAGGGGGAGGCAGAGUUGUGCGCUGUCAUAUUGUCGUAGGUCCUGGAGGACAACUUCUGCGACCGCUCCGGGCAGCCGACCUGGAAGAAUUGGAUUGAUGAGAUCAUAAUUAGUGAUUGGGAACAAGUUUGCAGCUGGUGGAAGGCGUGUUUCUGUGGUGGAAAAAGUUGGUGAUGCUAGUUCGCUUUUUACACUAUCCAGGAAAUAGUAAUGAAUAAAGAUAAACAAAAUGUUCGAAAAAGAUGCACAAGGUGGCAUGGUGCUCGCUGGACCCCAGUUAAAAAAUCUCGCAGAAAAAUACAUAGGCUUUUAUAUCGUGCAGCUCUCAUCAUUUUUAAUUUUAUUGCGUGAGGGGAGCUUUCGGUACAGCUACAAACAGCAGGUCAUUUUAUUUAUUAAGCAGCAGGCCAUUUAAGAGUGCCCUCUCUACAAGUCGAGAUGAGGUUGUAUUGCUUUAUUUUCAUGGCAAUAUUUUUAGAGCACAAGCGACGCAGUCGCAGGAGAGAUGAAGACCGAACAAAUUUAAAGAAUACGACGACCUAUUUCGAACUGUUUUAUAUCCAGAUAUACACAGCUUCUAUUUUUAUUUUUGCAUCCGAAAUUUUAGUUCGUACUUCUGACAUUUAGAGAGUACGCCCACGUAUAUCCCAC